AUGGGCACUUUACCCUGGGAAGGUACAAGGAGACAGUUUGGUGCUGCAGUAGCUAAUGCUGCCUGGCCUCUCCCCCCUCUCAGCAGUAACAACAACCCCUACGCUUCCUUCGGAGCCACGCUGGCGCGGGAUGAGGAGCAGAACCUGUGGAGCACCCCGCACGACGUGACCCACACAGAGGCAGAUGAUGACAGGGUGCUGUACAACAUGAUCGUGGUCAGGAACCAGCUGGACAAAGACUCGGAGGAAUGGCAAAAGCUCAACUAUGAUAUUUAUACCUUACGGCAGACCCGAAAAGAAGUGAGAAGCAGAUGGAAACACAUUUUGGAGGAUUUAGGUUUCCAGAAGGAAGCAGACUCUCUCUUGUCCGUGACCAAACUCAGCAUCAUCAGUGACUCUCAGAACAUGGCCAAAGCCCGGGAUAUCUUGUUAAGGCUGUCCGAAGAGACAAACAUCUUCCCGACCAGCUGGGAGCUUUCCGAGCGCUACCUCUUUGUGGUGGAUCGGCUCAUAGCUCUGGACGCUGCGGAUGAGUUCUUCAAGAUGGCCAGCAUGGUGUAUCCGAAGAGACCCAGCGGGGAGAGGGCGGACGACAGCCAGAAGGCCCUGCAGUGCAUCUCUGUUGUGGUGCCCUGA